AUGCCAAUGUCGUCGAUCAGAUUUGAAAAAUCAUACGAAGUAUUCAUAGUCGUACCAGAUAACGAUGUACAAGCAGUGACAGUUAUGUCAAGAGGUGUACGUGAACAUAAAGAAGAGGAAUGUAAUACAACCACACGCUUACUGUCACCAGUUCGUGAAUCGGUAUCGAAAUACAUUAAAUGUGGCUUAUCCCAUACUCAAAUUAAAACAUCAUUAGUGCAAGAUCAUCCAAACACUCCUUUAACAGAAACAAAAUUAAGAAGUUUAGUGAAUUAUGAACGACGAAAGAACAGGCCAGAAAUAUUUUCAGUGUUUGAUUUACGAAACUGGUGUAAAGAACAUAAUGAAGGUAAGCAGAUACAUUCAACAUUUGUGCCUUUUUAUACUGUAGAUGAUAUAAAUAAUACGUUUGUAUUAUUUACCACGAAACAAUUAUUCCAACAAAUUAGAUUAACGACAUAUUUACAAGUUGAUGUAACAUAUAAAAUCACAUGGAAUGAAUUACCUAUGCGGGUGUUCGGCUCAACGGAUGCCAAUCGUCAUUUUAAACCAUUUGGUAUUGCACUACUUUCUCAUGAUGAGAAUGCCAAAUGUUAUAAUCAAUUAUUCACAUCAAUUAAUGCAUUAGUCGUUGAAGAAUUUAAGCAUGCAUGUUCAGUCGAUCAUUUGAUGGCGGAUGGAGCAUUAAGUAUCACAUGUGCUGAACAAACUGUGUUUCCGUAUAGCCGUCGUAUGAUGUGUUGGUUCCACAUGAUCCAAAAAUGCAGACCACGUCGUAAUUUAGUCACAAAAGAACAAUGGGUAAAUAUUGAUGCCGAUCUUCAUGCCAUUCAGCUUUCUAUUUCAGAUGACGUAUUCAAUCGUGGUAUUAUCUUAUUAAUACAAAAAUGUGCAAAUCCAUUGAUGAAGAAUUUUUCCGAUUACUUUGUUGAUCAAUGGAUCACAAAAUUACCCUAUUGGUACGAAGGUGCUGCGUACGGCAAACUCUCGACGAAUAAUGGUUGCGAAUCGAUGAAUGCCGUCAUUAAACAAAAAUAUACACUUCGUAACAAGUUGCAAUUAUCAGCGUUCCUACCAAAAAUGGAGCAAAUGCUACAAGGCUGGUCAGAGGCAAGUAUUUCAUCACCAUUUGCUCUUGUAACAAGUAUAUCGCUUGAGGCAGAGUUGCAUGCUUAUAAAUGGUCAGUAAGUAUAAACCGCUCUGAUAUUUUGCAUUGGUUUAAUUUA